CGUGGUUAUAAUGAAACGACAAAGAGGUGGUGACACAAAUAACGUUUCAAACAAGCGGCUAUGCUCCAACCUUAAUCCGGAAUUCGACAAAACUGCGGGCAGAAAUGUCGGGCCAGCUUCAAUUUGGCAUAUUCCUCUAAAUCUGAUACAGGAUAUUCGUGCGAUUCUCACUCCAAGUUCACACGAACGUCUGAGACAAGUCUCCCAGAGCUUUCGUGAGGCCGAUGAGUUGCUUGUGCUGCAUCAGUAUCGUUGUCAUUUGCUUCGGGCACAGAGUCUGGAUCUCUACAGACACAUGACGCUUCGAAUGCUGCACCAUUGCUCGCUCUAUUAUGAGGCGGCCGGUUGCAGCUCAUUGUUGGCUGAAAGUUUGCGAUUGUUGGAUCAUCUUGAUCCAGCGCAUCCCUACGCGCCUGAUUUGCCAACAUUACGUCAUGUGCUGAUUGAAUUUUUGGGCUCAUCCGAUCAACUGGUGCUGCAGCACGAUGCUAUUUUGGCCAAGUUCGUGUACACAAUAUCUCUUUAUGCUGUAUUUCUGAGCUACAGCGGAAACAGCCAACUGACUCGAUCUCAGACACCUGGCGAACAGAUGAGCAUUAGCUUCGAGCUACCCGGCGUUUUAUUUGCCCUUCUGGAAGCUUAUCAGCUAGGAAAUGUUAUUCGUUGCACACGAGAGCAACGUGCUGCCUUACUGGUCAUUUUUGCAGAACUUCUUAUGGCACACCAGCUUAAGAAGAAUUUCAGAGGAUUCUACGUGUAUUCCGGCACUGCCCCCAUUGUCUAUAGCUACGACCACAACAUGGCCACAAGUGAUAAGAAGACAAAAACGACCUUCCGUUUCAAAUUUACUGGCUGCAGAUAUAUGAGUCAACUUUUUGAGCAAAUGCGCGAGCAUUUGAAUUAUGAAUAUGCACCGCCACCUCCUAAGACCUGUGAAGGCUUUCAAAUGCAGAUGCAACUUUUCCAAGAUGUCGGCAAUGCCAUCAAACUGAAUGCAGUAUUCGAUUUCACAGCAAAUUAAUGCUGAAAUAAAUUGCAUGUUACCAAC